GCAGAGCUGAGCACGCGCGGAGCAGGAGGCAUCAUGACGAGCAGACUGACUCGUGUCUUCGUGUUCUUUGUUUUCUCUUCUGGCCUGGACGCUUCCAGACCCGUGUUGAACCAGGAGCUCUCCAACCUCUUUAAUGAGCUGUGGAGCCUGGACUCGCAGCGCAUGAGCCCGGGGCUGGACUACACUCUGUCUGUGCAGGGCAGGGCGGGAUUUGUGAACCAGGGGAGCACCGCGGUACCAGACCACGCCCCCCUCCCGCUUUUCUCCAGCGUCAAUGAAACAAAGUUUCAGACCAUCACCACGUACAACAGGCUCAUCAAACUUCUGGAUAACUUCGAGCGGGCGACGGGCGUGGCGGAGCAGGUCACAGCAGACGAGCUUCUGGAGAUCAGUCAGUUCCUGGACGCGGUGCUGCAGACUCCAGUCAUGAGGAGGGCCCAUCAGUACCUGGUGAGUAAAAGACUCUCCAGCUCUGACCUCAGAACCUUCAAGAACCAACUCAACCUGAUCUGGUUCCACCUGUACCGCCGGCAGAGGAACAGCCAGCUGGACUCGUGUGGGUUUGAACACGUGUUUGUUGGAGAAACUCGUUCUGGAAAUGAACUCAUCGGUUUCCACAACUGGGUCCAGUUUUACCUCCAGGAGAAAAAUCUGCACCUGGACUACAAAGGAUUCAAGGCGGGCCUCAGGGACCUCCCGGAUCAGGACGACCACGUGUUGAACCUGCAGUUCACUUGGCACGGCGUGGUGAAGCCGGUGGGCAGCGCCUUCAUUGGGACCAGUCCAGAGUUUGAGAUGGCGCUGUACACGGUGGUGUUCCUCCUGUCCACCGAGAGGAGCUCCACCAUCCUCGUGAACAUCGACCAGUGUCAGAUGGAGCUGAUUGUCGUGAGACACGGACGCUCCAUCGAGACUGCGUAUCCCAGACUCCUGAGCAGCAAUGGCCGACACGUGCGCACGCAGGCGCAGUCUGCACGUGCACAGGCCUAGUCACACGUGCACAGGCCUAGUCACACAUGCACUCGCACGUGCACUCAUACACACACUCAUACACUAACUCAAUUUUACUGUAGAAAACACAAACAGCCAGUCUAAAAUAAUCUCAUCAAACAGUUGUAUUUGUAGUUUAGUGUGUUAGUGUGUACUACAUACUGUAUAUUCUAUUAGUAUAUACAGUAUAUUCUAUAAUAUUAUACAGUAUAUACAGUAUAUUCUAUAGUAGUAUGUAUUAUAGACAGUACGAUGUCGUGUUGAUUCUGUUUUUUAAAUAAACACAAUACUCCAGA